AUGUCCGCAGAUGGAGUGAAGCCAGACCCAAGAAAGAUUGAAGCAAUUACCAAAAUGCCCGUUCCAACAAGCCCUGCCGAACUUCAGCGUUUUCUUGGGAUGGUGAACUAUCUUGGUAAAUUCAUCCCAAACCUAUCAGACGAAACUGCGCCAUUACGAGCCCUCUUGAAGAAAGGAGCCGAGUUCUUAAUGCAGAAACCCCAAAUUGAUGCCUUUGAAAAGCUCAAGCGUCGGAGUUCAUCUGUUCCUGUCCUACAGUUCUACGACCCAAAUCUCCCUACUCGUAUUCGGACAGACUCUAGCUCUAUUGGGUUAGGUGCAAUGCUUGAGCAACGCAUAGAUGACUCCUGGCAUCCCAUUGCAUUUGCCUCCAGAACACUCGAAAAAUCAGAACAAAAUUAUGCUCAGAUAGAACGUGAAACUCUUUCAGUCGUAUUCGGAUGUGAACGGUUCCACGAAUACCUCUAUGGUCGGGAAUUUAUCGUACACAAUUAUUAUUAUUAUUUAUUAUUAUACAAUUUACCAAAAUCGUGA